CCAUGUCGCUGUAAUGUCGGACACAGAACUAGAAGACCUCGUGACCUACCCGAUAGAGUUAACGUCUAUUAAUAACUUAAUUAGUUCUCUCUGACUAAAUGUGCUGAAGUAAAUGGGUAAACGGAUGGAUGGCGUACAAACGGCAGGUGCAGAAUAUACUGAUGUGUGCACGACCACCUACCCGACUGCAUCCCAGUAUGCCAGUCGUACUACACCUUGGGGAAAAUGAGGACAGGUCGGGUUGCCGGAGAACAAAAUCCACACAGUCAUAUAACGAUUAUAUUACAUCCCUCAUCUCCCCGGAACACAAGAAAAAGGAGCACUUGACACUUUUCUUGCGCAGACGGCUGCUGUCCCUGAAGUCACUUAUUGAGUAUGACUCGCAGGCUGUGGUGGAAAUAAAGGAAAACACUGUGGAGAUUUCAGGUGGGGAGCACAACGUAAUGACGGCGUGGUCCAUGGUGGAAAAGCUGAAAAUGGAGAAGGCCUCUAGAGGAGAGGGGAGCAUCCUGCAAGAGGUUGCAGACUGCAGCGGUGAGUCAGAGGACGGCAGCAGCUCAGAGAGUGAAACUGAGCAGGCUGCCAGCCACAGUACAGAACCACAGAUAAGCAACAAGCCACACCGUCAGCUCUGCCGCUCACCUUGUUUGGAUCGCCCAAGCUUCUCUCAGAGCAGCAUCCUUCAGGACACCCAGGCUGCCAGCCUGGAUAAAGAUUACCAGGUGAAAAUGGACUUUGCACUGAAGCUGGGCUACUCCAUGGAACAAAUUCAGACUGUACUAAACAAGCUGGGGCCAAGUGCACUAAUCAAUGACAUUCUUGCUGAGCUUGUGAGGCUAGGUAAUAAAGGUGAUGUGGACACACCCUCCAGUACAAGUUCAGGUACCAGUACCCUAGUGGCACGUGUACCAUGCACCAAGGAAAUUACAAGUCCUGAAGCAUCAUUAGAGGAGGAGGCCAUGGACAACCUUGACAACCUGCGGCCAAUUGUCAUCGAUGGCUCUAAUGUGGCCAUGAGUCAUGGAAACAAGGAAGUGUUUUCUUGUCGUGGAAUCCAACUUGCUGUGGACUGGUUUUUGGAAAAAGGACACAAGGAUAUCACUGUGUUUGUACCAGCCUGGAGGAAAGAGCAGUCUAGACCUGAUGCACCUAUUACAGAUCAAGAGAUCCUGCGGAAGCUGGAAAAAGAGAAAAUCUUGGUGUUCACCCCUUCACGUAGAGUCCAGGGUCGGAGGGUGGUAUGCUAUGAUGACCGUUUCAUUGUGAAGCUGGCAUAUGACUCCGAUGGCAUUAUUGUAUCUAAUGAUAAUUACAGAGAUCUGCAAAAUGAAAAACCAGAGUGGAAGAAGUUUAUUGAGGAACGACUUUUGAUGUACUCUUUUGUGAAUGACAAGUUUAUGCCACCAGAUGAUCCUUUAGGACGACAUGGACCUAGUCUAGAGAAUUUCCUCAGGAAACGCCCUGUUAUUCCAGAGCACAAGAAACAACCAUGCCCAUAUGGAAAAAAGUGCACUUAUGGGCACAAAUGCAAGUAUUACCAUCCAGAGCGUGCCAAUCAGCCACAGAGAUCGGUCGCAGAUGAGCUGCGAGCAUUUGCCAAGCUUUCUGCUGUGAAAACAAUGAGUGAAGGUGCUCUGGCCAAGUGCGGCAGUGGGCCUAUUACCACCAAGGGUGACUCAAGCUCAGAAGUGAAGCGCAUUGCUCCUAAACGUCAGUCUGACCCCAGCAUUCGUUCUGUUGCAUGUGAGCUCGAGGAGAGGUUGUCAGUGGCUCGGAAGUCUGAGGCAAACUCUGUGCCUUCCUUGGUCACUGCUCUAAGUGUCCCUACCAUGCAGCCUUCCAAGAGUCAUGCUGCUGGGGCAUUAAACACGCGCUCUGCCAGUAGCCCAGUGCCUGGCUCUUCACAAUUCUCUCACCAAGGCUCCUCAUUGGAGCAUAUGUCUAGUGUGCAAUACCCACCCAUCCUUGUCACAAACAGCCAUGGCACCUCCAUCAGCUAUAGUGAACAAUAUCCCAAAUAUGAUCCUGGAGCUGACCAUGGUUACUACUCCAUGCUUAAUGAAUUCUCAAAUCUUAGUCUAAACAGCAUGCACAACACCGACAAUUUCUACAGCAUGGAGCAUGAACUGGGAUUAUACUCUCGAAAUCCAAGUCCUUGUCCAGAUGCUUGUGCUGGGCAUUCAAGCAGUGAGCCUUACUCAUCCUAUAGUGACCUUUACUUGAGUUCAGUAGACUCAGCUGCUGAAGAUGGCGCAAAGAACACUCCUUCAUCCUCUCAGAACAGACUUCAGCCUUUUGCUCAUAGUUUCCACGAAGCUUUAACUCGAGUUCAGAGCUAUGGGCCUGAAGAACCUAAACAGACCCCUCGAAAGCAGUCUGUUUCCCAUCUUGCACCUCAUGUACAGCAUCCAGUGGUAGGUGCCCGGUCAAGCUGUCCAGGAGAUUAUCCUAUACCUCAAAACAUUCACCCUUCUGCAUCAUCACAGCCUGGCAGGGCUCUGGGAAUGACCAGGAUGGACAGCAUUUCAGACUCCAGACUCUAUGAAAGCAAUCCAAUGAGACAGAGGAGGCCUCCACUCUGUAGAGAACAACAUGCCAGCUGGGACCCGCUUCCUUGUGGUGGUUCGGACUCGUAUGGAUAUCAUACUUCAUACCCCUUAAGCAACAGCCUCAUGCAGCCUUGCUAUGAGCGUGUCAUGGUGCGAAGCAUGCCAGAGAAAAUGGAGCAGAUCUGGAGAUCACCUUGGGAAGGGGGAGCGUCUGCAGCAGAACCUCAGGAACGGUAUGUCAUUCCGGAGCAUCAGUAUCAGACUUACCGUAACCUCUGCAACAUUUUCCCUGCUUAUAUUGUUCACUCCGUUAUGGAGAAGAAUCCUCAUUUAACAGACCCACAACAGCUUGCAGCUGUCAUAGUUACUGAAUUACGAUCUGGCCGUUAGAAUAUCACUUGGAAGACAAAAUGUAGUUUCGUAUAUUUUUUAUGAGUCAAAACAAAAGGAUAUCAUGCCACAUACUAUACUGUAUGUACUGUACAUAUAAAAAGAACUUUGUGAAUUCUGACACUACACUCCAUUUAUUUUGUGAUUUGAUAAAAAAGCAAGUCCUUUUCAAAUGUUUUAAAUACUAAGGAAGUGAAUACCUCACAAGAAUUACAAUUUCAGUUGCCUUAAAUUCAGGAGACCUCAAGUCUGUCCCGGCAAAGUAUUAAGGGACAUUCACAUGUUGAAGUCAUGCUGCUGAAGAAAGUGAAAUGAGUGGGCUUGGUAAAUUAACAAAUGCUAAUUGAAAAUGUUACCCAAGAACAUGAAGGACGACAGUGUAACAAUACGUUUCUGAGUUGUGCAUUUUUGGGUCAUGAUUCACUGUUAUCCUGAACAGGUGGAGACGGGUAAUCACACACCCAAGUGAUGCUAUGGCAUUGGCUGGGCAUAAUACCUUACUGUAACAUGGUUUCUUUUGCCAGUUUUGGUUUAAUAGUGCAAGACUGAAACUGUCAGUUGUGGUUAUUGAAAUGAAUGUGAUUCACUUUGCACCUGACAAAGUCAUUCACUUAUAUUUAUUUUCCAAUUGGGGUUUUUUUGAAGAGGUUGACUUCCUUAUUUGAACAUUUGAAAAUUGUUGAGCCUCUGUCUUCUCUUUCCUGAGAUGUGUUUGAACCAAUACUUCUUAGGAUGGAACUUUGUGGAGCUUAAAUUUGUAAUUCUAGCUUUUAAAGGGGUGUGGAGAGGG